CCAAAGUUCAACAACUUUUGACAAGGAGUAAAUUAGAGGCUAGAAAUGGAGCCAAAGUCGUGAAUGCUUUGAAUCGUCAGAAGCUUGGACAUUUGUGGAAAUUUCUGCCUCGGUACUAACAGAUUUUUACAGCAUUGACUGCUCAUUCUAUCUGGAACAGCUCUGCAGGGCUUUUUUCAUUCUUUUCGCUUCUCAUGCUUGAUUAUUUCCUGACUUUUCAGUGAGAUGGGUCUGUUGAAAAAGAUUCUAGUUCCUUUUGCAGGAUUAAUCUUGGCCUUCUGUUUUUAUUCAAGAAAGGAGGACUUUAAACCGGAAAUGCUGAAAGAGAAACAUGUGAUUGUUACUGGGGCGAGCAUGGGAAUCGGUGAGCAAAUGGCGUAUCACUUGGCACGCAUGGGUUCCCACAUACUGAUCACUGCACGGACAGAAGCAAAACUCCAGAAAGUGGUCACUCGGUGCUUGGAGCUGGGUGCAGCAUCUGCCAGGUACAUGAAUGGCAGCAUGGAAGACAUGGUAUUUGCUCAGUCGGUGGUGAAGAAAGCAGAGGAAUUAUGGGGAAGCCUAGACAUGCUUAUUCUGAAUCAUAUUGGCAAUUCUUACUUCAGCUAUUUUAACAGUGAUGUUGGGCAUGUACAAAAGCUCCUGGAUAUCAAUUUCCUAAGCUAUGUGACCAUGACUGUUGCAGCUCUUCCUAUGCUCAAAAACAGUGGAGGAAACAUCGUAGUAGUUUCAUCCCUAGCCGGCAAAGUUGGCUUUCCCUUCACUGUUCCCUAUUCUGCAACAAAGUUUGCCCUGGAUGGAUUUUUCAGCUCCUUGAGGCAGGAAUUUGUCAUGCAGAACACCAACAUUUCUAUCACACUCUGUGUCCUUGGACUUAUUGACACAGAAGCAGCCAUGAAGGCAACUUCUGGAAUACUCAAAACUGUGGCAGCACCAAAGGAAGAAUGUGCAUUAGAAAUCAUAAAGGGAGGAGUCCUGCGCCAUCGGGAGGUUUAUUAUGAGUAUAUGUCUGCAAAGAUCCCUCUAUUAAUUCGGGAUUGGGCUCCAGAUCUCCUGGAUUAUAUUAUCAGGAAUAUGUAUGAUGUGGGCAAACUAAAAGUGCAGUCUUAGGAUGCUUUUUAUUUUUUCUCUAUUCUUUCAUGGUAUCUUAGAAAGGCCUGUGGUGGUGCUACCAAACUUUCCUUUAGCUCAGGCUAUGUCCAAUUAGCUGAUAUGAUAGAAUCCUGAAAAUUCUGGUCUCCAGUAUGAUAGUACAUGUUGACCUGAAAUCUGCUACAGCAUCUUGAAAUUCCCUGCUGAAAACAUGUGCAUGCCUUAAGUUUUGGAACAAGCAAGCCCUCUAUGUAUUUAGAGGGUUUUGGAGAAAAAAGCAUGUUUAUGGCAAAUGUUUAACUUGCUCUUGAACUGCAUCCACAUAGGUCUUUCAUAGCAAGGGACCUUGACUUCCAAUUUUCUCCAGGCCCAAUAGGUGGAGCUAAUGGUCUUCUUCUCAUAGAACAUCAUGUUUGUUCUUUGUUCUUUAGGAUUAUCAAUUUUUAAUUCUUAAGGAGGGCCAGAACCAGCAAAACACCCCCAAGUCCCAUCAGGGAGAUAUAAUUGUUCCUUAGAGCAAAUCAUGCGUAGUUUAGAUCAAAAGCAACAACAAAAAAUUGCCCAGUUCGAACAACCAGCAACUCCCUUAAAAAUGGCAAUGAAGGGGGAGAGAACUGUUUCUUCUGCUGCAGUGAGCUUCAGUCAAGGUCAAUUUAUAAUGUUCAGGAUUCUUAAAUAAAAAUAUCAGACAAUUUACAGCUGCAAAAUUAAGUAGAAGAGUACCCUUUUCAAAGUCCUUUCCAAGCAGAGAAACAAAAAUACUUUAAAAUUUGGAUCACAACCACAAUAAUAACCUCAGGUCUCAGCUGUCUGGAAAGCGCUAUUGUCCUCCUUCUCAAUUCAAAAAGCACAAUUAAGCAUGAAAAUUCAUCCACGUGUAUUUUCAUACCAAGGUCAGUUUACAGUAUUCAUAAUGUUUAGUAGGGACAUUAAACAGCUUUGCAAAUGAGACGCCAUCUACCAACAAAAGAUUAUCUGUUUCAGAGUCCCUUCAAAUUAUGCAAACAAAAAUGCCUUAAGAGUUCAAGCUGCAUCAAAUUGGUGUGCUAUUCCCUUGGCAAAAAAAUGUCAUAAUAUAAAAAGAAAUAAUAAAAACUAAAAGAAAGAUAAAUGGAAAAGAAAAAUGGAGUAAGUGUGUUGGGGGGCGACUUUGUUAAGUGUUUCAAGGUUUACCUCAUUAGGCCAUCUCGAUGAAAACAGAGCUGCAGACUCUAGAGAGUCUUGAUGCUCAACUGUCAUUUAGAGAUAUAAACAUCCCUCAGGGCGAUUUAUAAUCACCCAAACAUGAUAAGGCAGAAAGCAGCAACAUUCGCUGGUGCUUCAUCAAGUUGCCAUUUCCACAGAAGUGCCUAAGUUUUUUCUUGCUAGUACUAAAGCAAACAAGGGAAUUGCUUUCUUGUCUCCAUAUCAGUAAUCUGCUUAGCCAUUCAUUAACACAAAACAAGACAUAAAGGAGGAUGUCCAAAAGAGAAGAAAGUACAAUGUGUUACUAAGUUCUAUACAUGGGCACCACCUCUCUCCCUUUUGUGAAUUUUACUGUACGUGUAGAAUUCUUAAUUUCUCAUACCUGUCAUAUAGACAGGUAGGCAACCAGUACAUGUUAUAUGAUGUAACCUGGUUUACACAAAGGAUUGACACUAAGAAUGUAUAAAUUUAGAAGUGAGAUUUCUUACAAAUGUCAGGUUCAGCAAAUCAAAAAUCCCAAACCCAUCAAACAAGAAAAGAAAAAAAAACCUAAAUGUGAACUUUUGAAAUGUUGUAUGAAAAAACUGAAGGUAUGCCUUGCUGAGAAAAAUUUUCCAUUCAUAUUGUUUUGCAUUUAAACACAAACUUAAUAACCCCUCCACCCCAAAUCUGUUUAGAAAUGUGGUUAAAAUAUAGCAUUAGUACAGCAUACACUGGCAUUUUCGAGGUAAGAAAAUACCUUCUGAGAUUUUCCUCCAAAUUUAGUGAGGAUGCAACCUAUACAGAGUUAGACAGAGCAAGGCCUUGCAAGUCCCAGCAUGAAAGUCCCAGCAUUUUAUCUACAAUAAAAAAUGUAGAUUUAUUUCUGCCUAAGCAUGCAUAGGAUUGUACCCUUAAGCUAUAGCUGCCCAGAACAGGCACAAUGAGAAUCUGAAUUUAAAUACUGUGCAGUGGAAAUAGCUUUAACUGUACUAAAUAGUGGCUAUAGAUCAGCAUGCCAGAUAUUCAAAACCUCUUGAUUUCAGACUUUCUUAUCCUAUCCAGGAAAUGCUUGAUGAGUUGGAAAUGCACCUUUUUUUCAGAGCAUUCCUAUACCAUCAAAUAUGCUUUGUAUUCAUAGCACACCAUGGAGCAAUUCCUAUUAACUCCCUGUUUUGCCCUAUAAUGACCAGCACCUUAUUCAAAGCUCCACAAUUCUCAUUCAGAUCUGUUCCAGCUUUCACUGUGAACUCCAGAGCAGUUCUUGUUGCAAAGUCCAGGAACUAUAAAGGAAUAGUUUUCUGAUUUUCAAAUAGAUUGAACAGCCAGUAGUUCUCAUUCUGUCUUUUAUGUAAAAAUUCAAUGAGGAUAAAUGGGAAAUGAGAUUUCCUGGAGAGGAAAAAAACCUAUCGCUUGUCAGGUUUUAGUGCACCAAAGUAUAGGUAGAUUGUCAGAUUUUCAACUGCAGUCCUCCUUCAUAAAGGAACACAUUAUUUGACCUUGUCCAACUGGAUCUCCAGGAAAAUGAAGACAAAUUUUGGCCAAUGCUUGUUAUUUCUUUCCAGGGAUGGGGACAAGUAGAUUGGGAAAAAAGUCAUAUGGGUCUGCAGCAUGGUGUGAGGGACAAAAAAGCAGCGGCAGCAAGGCCAUACAAAAUUCAGGGAUUAUUCAGCUGUUCCUCAGCAUCAUAAAUCAAUAAAGUCUGAAGAUAUACAGUGGUCAGUGUCUUUUUUAUGAGGUCAGAAAUAAGGGUUUAUCUUUGGUCCAAUCUAAACAAACAAAACCUCAGGUUAGAAGGAUCUCAUAUUCCACUCACAUCUAUUCAUUCAGCCAUGUGGAGGCUCACAUCACUUUCUGAACUUUAAAAUGGGAACAAUCCAAAUAUUUACUUUUAUCCUCUUGUUUGUAUGUUUACCAAACAUUUCUGCCUUGUGACGAAACACUAUUUUUCCCCCUGUUCAAAGCUGUUCAGUAUUCAAGGCUGAGAUUUUGUUCUAAUUAGAUCACAGCCUUUAUUUCACAGGCCAUAUGUGUUUUUCUUUGAAAAGAGAGCUACAAGUAACAGAGUGGAACUUACUGGGUGAUCAUUGCUUUCAAUAUGAGCUUUCUUCUGGCUGCUAUAAAUUUACAAAUUGAUUCCCGAGUAAUUUUUGAACUGAACUAAUGUUGUGCUAUGUAAGAAAAUGGAGAUGGGUGCUCUGUACAGCAGUGAUAAAAUUGUUCUCCAGCUUCCCAAGGCCUACAAUAGGAUUUUAGGCAAAGCAUGGGAAAGUAACCUACAAUUGUAGACAUGUAUUAAAAAUCUACUAAAAGAAAUGCUGUGUGCUGUUUAUUUAUUUUUCUUACAGCUGAGGCCU